AUCGAUUUAAAUCGCUGAUAGGUAUUAUAGAUCAGUUGAUUCUCUCCUUGUUGUGUUCACAUCUUUGUCAGAAAAGUUUGUGUCAUAAGUUAUUCCAGAUUCCAUUGUGCAAGUGUAAAUUUCGGAUCAAAUAUGAGAAUUUUGUUUUCAUUUGGCAGUCCAAAAGAAGUGCCAAAAGAUGACCAGGUGAAAAACAAGACCGAAUCACCUUCUCUUCCAUCUGUAGAUCUACUUGACUCAGCAUCCGUCCUUAUUCCAGCAUUUUUUAUUUUGCUACUAUGCAGUUGCUUCGGAGGAGCAACAGGUGAAGUUAUUGAAUUUUCAAAUAAUGGACCUGUCACCAUUGACACGCCAAUAACCUUGACGAUCAAGAACAACUAUAAAACAGUUAAUCCAUCAUUCCAAUAUCGGAUUGAAUUCCCAAAUUUUGAUGAAUAUAAUAAGACGAUCAACUCGAAUAAUACUGAAGUGGCAUACAAGGUAAUUUUUAGUUCACCAAAAGCUAAACAAGGUUAUUAUACUAUCUUUGUCGAUGCAUGGUAUUGUAUAUCUGGCGUCUCGGCUUAUUCAAUCGGCUGGACACUGUCCAAACCGUUGCUUGGAUUUAUAAAUGUUACCCAAAAUAUUGGGGAUAUCAGUUUGGCAAACGAAUUUGUUUCCACAGCAUCACCUGUUAACCUGACUGCCGAACUUUAUGACCCAAGAGGUUUUUUUGACUCAGCCAACAUAACUUACAAGUGGAUAGUGAAUGGAUCACCACAAGAGGAUAUCUAUAAUCGAUUUAUCAUCCGUAACUUCACUCAGCCUCAACUCAACAACAUAUCAGUGGCUGUUUCGAUAAAUAGAACCAAUUUUCAAAAAUCUGAUAUUUUUUUCCUUUCCCUACAAAGUAAAGAUCCGAUCAACAAUUUGACUGUUAAUGGUAGCACAAAUGUUAUCAGAGAUGAAAGCCUCGAGUUGAAUAUCAAAAUAAAUGGAGGAACACCACCGUUUUAUUAUUGCUGGGAAAUCACAAAUUCAACCAUUUCGGGGGGAAAUACAAAACCUUCAAUUGAAAGUAUAUUUUGGCGCAGAUAUACCGGCAUGAAAAGCUCGCAUUCAAAUUGUGAGGACACAGACGAAAGCUCUUUCAACAUAAAUAGCCACUUCGAAGAAGCGGGGAAUAAAACAUUGAAUAUUGUUGUAAGUAAUUGGGCCUCAUACUUAACCAAGAUCAUGACUAUUUCAGUUCAUGAGAGAGAGUCACUCCGACAACCAGCAGCCAAUAAACCUGCUGUUAUUCAAGAAAGCUCAAAUAUCAUGAAAAAAUACAAACCUGUUAUUUACUCUGAAGAACCCGAAAUUUCUGAUAAAGAAAUAGAAAGUUAUCUUCGAAGUAAAAACGAAAUAGAGUUUAUAAAUUAUAUGCAAACUGAUUUUCAGAACUCAUCAUGGAAAGACUAA